AGCCCAACGGGGACGGGGACGGGGACGGGGACGAGGCCCCAGGGGGCCUAGAACACCCUCCCAUUCCGAGCCCUUUCCCCUCGGAGCUCCUCCCUUGUCACUUCUACUCCGCCCCUUACUAAACUUCCUGGGCCGGAAUUUGUGUCUUUUCCCUUGGCCCAAUAGAGAGUAAGAGUGAACUUGGCCUGAGAAGUGGGGGGCUAGUAAAAUGGAGCCGAGCAGGUCAGCGCCUGGGCCAGCUGGCUGUGGGUCUCGAGGGGCCACGGGGUCGGGGACAGCGGCGGAGCUCGUGUACCAUCUCGCGGGGGCCUUGGGCUCGGAGCUGCAGGAGCUGGCGCGCCGUUUCGGUCCGGAGGCGGCGGCCGGGCUGGUGCCGCUCGUGGUCCGGGCCCUGGAGCUCCUGGAGAAGGCCGCCGUGGGGCCCGCCCCGGACUCGCUGCAGGUGUCGGCGCAGCAGGCCGAACUGGAGCUGCGGCGGCUGCGGGAGGAGAACGAGCGGCUCCGCCGGGAGCUGCGCUCGGGGCCGCAGGAGGAGCGCGCGCUGCUGCGGCAGCUCAAGGAGGUGACAGACCGACAGCGGGACGAGCUCCGCGCGCACAGCCGCGACCUACAGCAGCGCAGCCAGGAGACCGAGGCCUUGCAGGAGCAGCUGCAGCGCCUUCUGCUGGUGAAUGCGGAGCUCCGGCACAAGCUGGCGGUCGUGCAGGCCCAGCUGCGGGUGGCUCAGGACCGCGAGAGGGAGCGCCAGCUUUCUCGGGAAGGCGCCCGCGAGCUAGUUGGAGACCAGAAGCAGGAGCCUGAGCGGGCAGCCCCUGAACCCCCGGUGGAUGCCCCAGAGCAGCCAGGGAGCCCCUUGCAGGGAAGCCAGAGCGGCUUCAGCCGGGAGGAAGUUGAACAGAUUCUUCAGGAGCGGAAUGAGCUUAAGGCCAAUGUGUUCCUGCUUAAGGAGGAGUUGGCCUACUUCCAGAGGGAGCUGCUCACAGACCACAGGGUCCCUGGACUUCUGCUCGAAGCCAUGAAGGUGGCCAUCAGAAAACAGCGGAAGAAGAUCAAGGCCAAGAUGUUAGGGACACCAGAGGAAGCAGAGAGCAGUGAUGAUGAAGAUGGCUCAUGGCUCCUGCUCUCCGUGGAUAAAGAAAAUGAGCCUCCGCCCACCGAGUCCAGAAUACAGAGUUUCUUUAGCUUGUGGUAUCGAGGUGCAGGAGAGGCCCCUGAGGCUGAGACCCGCUGCAGCACUUCUCCCAGCAAGCUAGGGGAAGAAGAGGAAGCCACCCAGCAACCUCCCUUGGAGCCUGUGGGCCAUCCUCCAGCCCCCAUCUCCUGACUGUGCUUCUGUGAUGAACAUCUUGGUCUGAGGACCCAGCUGCGCAAGAUGCCUGACUUUGGGGAUUGGCUAGAAGUGGAUGUGUGACCUCAAAUGAAGAUAGGGAAGACAGGGGACCCUUCACACCUGUCCCCAGGGCUCAGCUGCAGUCAGUUAUGGCUGUUGCAUUGGGGAUUUUAGGCUGCCUCACUUCCCUGAUAUCUGGCCCUUGCCUUGGACAGUUGUUUCUAAUUGUUUUGAUACAAUAAACAAUGAUUCUGUGUGUAAGUAA